AUGUUUCCUAAUUUUCAGAAGUGUAAAGAACGUGCGGUCAUUCAUCAGAAGCUCAAGAAGAUAUUCAGCACAAAGAAGCCCAAAAACAAGGAUCACCCGGGUGGGUCGGCCGACACGGAAAGCCCGAAAGCUAAGGUUAAUCAGAACGAAUUAUUUUUUUUAUUUUUUAAAUGGACUCAAGGAGUUGCCGAAGAAAAGCAAGAAGAAGGAGAAGGAUUGCAUCGGCCUGCAGGAAACGAUCGUCGAAAGUACAAGCUCGACUUGGAAAGGGUUGACGACCCUUUACACCCACAGAUUCAAGAUCAUCAUGAGAAAAAUGAUAAACCCCAGCCAGUGCCAAGAAAUCCGAUAAAAAGAUGGACAAACCAGCGUCAAGAGGACAAACUUUCAAGUGUUUCA